AUGUCCGAUACCAAGGACCUCUCCCUCGGGGAGAAGACCCAUCAUGACCCUUCCGGGUUCAGCAGCUCCGACAAGGGCGCCGAGGCCGGCCGCAUCUCCUACGACGUUGGCCCGCACUCCCCCACGGCCGUGACCCCCCUCGAACCGCCCGAGGGCACCACCGAGUCGGCCAUCGUGCGCAAGAUCGACCGGCACAUCAUCCCCUUCAUCAUCUUCCUGUACCUGCUCGCCUUUUUGGACCGAGUCAACAUUGGCAACGCCCGCUCCUUCGGAAUCGAGAGCGACCUCGGGCUGGAGAAAGUCGAAUUCAACACCGCCUUGACCAUCUUCUUUGUUCCUUACAUCCUCCUCGAGAUCCCCGGCAACAUCCUGAUGAAGAAGUUCUCGCCCCGCGUCUGGCUGUCCGUCUGCUGCGUCGGCUUCGGUCUCGUCUCCAUUUUCCAAGGCCUCGUCAAAAACUACGGCGGCCUGCUCGCCACCCGUUUCUUCUUGGGCGUGUUCGAGUGCUCCAUGUUCCCGGGUUGCUUCUUCCUGCUCGCAUCCUGGUACAAGCGCGCCGACGCGCAAAAGCGGUACUCGCUCUUCUUCUCCUCCACCUCUCUGGCAGGCGCCUUCGGCGGCCUCUUGGCCUCCGCCAUCGGCAAGAUGGACCACUUGCAAAACUACCGCGGCUGGCGCUGGAUUUUCAUUGUGGAGGGUUGCGUCACCGUCCUGGCAGGCAUCCUCUUCUUCUUCACCUUCCCCGCCUUCCCCGAGCAGGCCCGCUUCCUCAAGCCGGCCGAGCGCGAGUACGUGCAAGCGAUGCUGCAGGCGGACCACGGCCACUCGGCGGCCGAGCGCAAGAUCACUCUCGCGGACGUCGGAAAGGCCCUCACCGACCACCGCAUCUGGCUCGGCGGCAUCAUGUAUCUGGGCCUGAUCGUCCCCGCUUAUUCGUACGCGUACUUCUCCCCGACCAUCAUCGGCACCUACAACUACUCGGCCGUCCAGACGCAGCUGCACUCGGUCCCGCCCUGGGCCGCCGCGUUUGGGUUCGCCAUGCUCACCGCCGUCGCUUCGGACUAUCUCCGCCACCGCUUCAUGUUCGCCAUCCUGGGCAUCGCCGUCGCCAUCGUCGGCUUCGCCGUGCUCAUGACCGUGCACGACUCGGCGCACGUCAACGCGCAGUACGGUGCCCUGUUUCUCGUCGCCAUGGGCGCUUACAGUGCGAUGCCCAUCAUCGUGUGCUGGUUCAACAUGAACCUGGGCGGACACCACCGCAAGGCCAUCGGCACGGCGUGGCAGAUUGCGUUUGGCAACAUUGGCGGGAUCAUCGCUACGUACUCGUUUGUGGCGAGCGAUGCCAAGAAUCAUUAUCGCAAGGGAUACGCGAUCUGUGUGAGUUUCACUUGCUUGAGCGCGCUGGCGUGUCUUUGUUAUGCGGUUAGUGUGACGAUGGAGAAUAAGAGGAGAGCCAAGAUGCAGGGGGAUGGAGGGUUGACGGAGGAGGAGAAGGCGGAUAUGGGGGAUUUGAAUCCCGAGUUUAGAAGGAUGAUCCCAAAAAGCCCGAUCAAGGGUGAGACGGUUGCCGAGUUCUCCGAGGUAGCCUAG